AUGCGGAUCGUUGAAAUUGUGAUAGACGGCUUUAAAUCGUACGCCGUGCGUACGGUGAUUUCAGGAUGGGACGAAGCGUUCAACUCGAUCACCGGCCUGAACGGUAGCGGUAAAUCCAACAUUCUGGACGCUAUCUGUUUCGUUCUCGGUAUUACGAACAUGAGCACCGUUCGCGCGCAAAACCUCCAAGACCUCAUCUACAAGCGCGGUCAAGCCGGUGUCACCAAAGCCAGUGUGACCAUUGUAUUCGACAACCGCGAUACUGCGAAAUCCCCGAUCGGUUUUGAGGAGUAUGCGAACAUCUCUGUGACCCGACAAAUCGUGCUGGGAGGUACCAGCAAAUACCUCAUCAAUGGCCAUCGAGCGCAACAACAAACCGUCCAGAACCUGUUCCAGAGUGUUCAGCUGAAUAUCAACAACCCCAACUUCCUCAUUAUGCAAGGUCGCAUUACGAAGGUCUUGAACAUGAAGGCAGUUGAGAUCUUGUCGAUGAUUGAAGAAGCUGCCGGUACACGAAUGUUCGAAGACCGCAGGGAGAAGGCGAUCAAGACAAUGGGGAAGAAGGAACUGAAGCUGAACGAGAUCGAAGGUCUUCUCAAGGAGGAAAUUGAGCCUAAGCUGGAGAAGCUCCGAUCGGAGAAGCGAGCUUUCCUCGAUUUCCAGCAAACACAAAGUGAUCUCGAACGCUUGACUCGAGUUGUCAUUGCGCACGACUAUGUGCGAGGUGGUGAACGGUUACGAGUUGCCGGCGAUGAGUGCGAGAACAAGCGGAGCAAAGUUCAAGCACUGGAGGAGAAUGCCGACAAACUCAAGAGUGAAAUCGCCCACUUGGAAGAGGAUGUGAAACGUGUGCGAGCUGCUCGUGACAAAGAACUGCGAAAGGGCGGAAAAUUCCAAGGUCUCGAGGACGAGGUGAAAGCGCACUCACACGAGUUGGUUCGGUUGACAACUGUCUUUGACCUCAAGAAGACUAGCAUGGAGGAGGAGAAAGAGAAGGGCAAGGAUAUUCAAAAGACUGUCAAAGACCUUGAGAAAGCCUUGCAAGAAAAGAAGAAGGUCUACGAUAAAGUUCAGGCCCAGUACGAUUCCGCAAAGGCAGAACUCGAUGCCCAAAACGCGGAAGUGGAGCAGAAGGAAGAAUUGCUCCAAACUUUGCAGACCGGUGUUGCCUCGAAGGAAGGCCAAGAGAGCGGAUAUCAGGGUCAAUUGCAAGACGCUCGAAACCGUGCCAGCAACGCAACUACGGUACAGGAACAAGCGAAGCUAAAGAUCUCCAAUUUCGAAAAGCGGAUCAAGGAGGACGAGCCACGCGCUAAGAAGGCCAAAGAGCAGAACUCCGGUUUAUUGUCCGAUUUGGAAGGAUUGAGGUCACAAGCGAAGAAGCUAGAGGCAGAGCUCACCAGACUGGGAUUCGAGCCUGGAAGGGAGGAGCAGAUCUACCAGGAACAGUCUCAACUCCAACGCGAUAUCCGUGAACUCCGCCAAAGAGCUGAUGGCCUCAGGCGGAAGGUUGCCAAUGUCGACUUCAACUAUACUGACCCUCAGCCCAAUUUCGACCGAUCGAAGGUCAAGGGUUUGGUUGCCCAACUAUUCACACUGAACAAGGAUCGGAUCCCGGCCGCAACUGCUCUAGAGAUCUGCGCCGGUGGCCGUCUGUAUAACGUCGUUGUCGACAGCGCCGAGACCGGUACCCAGGCUUCCGCAGAGAAGAUUGGAGCCGCCCAGAACAUUGCUCCCGGAAAGGUCGAUUUGGCCUUGUCUUUAAUUGGGCACGAUGACGAGGUUAUUUCAGCGAUGAACUAUGUCUUUGGCAACACCCUCAUUUGUGAAGACGCCGAUACUGCCAAGAAGGUCACUUUCGACCCGUCUGUUCGAAUGAAGAGUGUUACUCUCGAUGGCGAUGUUUAUGACCCCUCGGGAACACUGUCGGGAGGAAGUUCCCCCAACUCUAGUGGAGUUCUUGUUACUCUGCAGCAACUCAAUGAGAUCAAUAAGGAGUUGAGAAGUAAAGAGCGUCAACUAGCCACUCUGGAGGAGAAUAUGAAGAAGGAAAAGAAGAAGCUUGAUGCAGUUCGAUCGAUCAAGCAAGAACUGGACCUCAAAUCUCAUGAAGUCAAGCUUACCGAAGAGCAAAUCAACAACAACUCUUCCUCUUCCAUUAUUGCUGCCGUUGAGGAGAUGCGAGCAAACAUUGAGCAACUGAAGCAAGAUAUUGCAGACGCGAAAACCCGACAAGCGGAGGCCGCUAAAGAUAUUAAGCGCAUUGAGAAGGAUAUGAGCGAGUUCAGCGACAACAAGGAUAGCAAGUUGGCAGAGCUACAGAGCUCACUCAACACUCUCAAGAAAAACCUCACCAAGAAUUCUGCUUCGGUGAAGGAGCUGCAGAAACAACUGCAGUCAUCUCGUCUUGAUUCUGAGCAGGUUGGAAGCGAUCUUUCAGCCGCCGAGGAACAAGCAACAGAGUCGGAGAACACGCUGAAGGCUCAAGUUGAAGAGAUUGAUUCUCUGAAACGAGAACAAGCACGACUCAAGGAUGCCCACGAUGUUGCCCAAGCCCACCUCGAGGAUGAGAGAGCUAAGUUGACUGGCUUCGACGACGAGUUGCGGGAACUCGAGAAGACGAUGCAGACUAAAUCCUCGCAAAUCACUGAAGAGGGUUUGGAGAUGCAGAAACUUGGCCACCAGCUUGAGAAGCUGCAGAAAGACCAGAACACUGCCGCCCAGGCCGUUGGCCACAUGGAGCAAGAGCAUGAAUGGAUCGCGGACGAGAAGGAGCAAUUUGGUCGCCCCAACACACCCUAUUACUUCCAAGACCAGAACAUCGCCGAGUGCAAAUCUAUGCUGCGCAACUUGACCGAGCGAUUCCAGGGGAUGAAGAAAAAGAUCAACCCCAAGGUUAUGAACAUGAUCGAUAGUGUCGAGAAGAAGGAAGCCGCUCUGAAGAACAUGAUGAAGACCGUCAUUCGCGAUAAGCGUAAGAUCGAGGAGACCAUCAUCAAUCUCAACGAGUAUAAGAAGGAAGCGCUUCACAAGACCUGGGUCAAGGUCAAUGGUGACUUUGGCCAAAUUUUCGCAGAACUUCUACCGGGCAGCUUUGCCAAACUCGACCCUCCCGAGGGCAAGGAUAUCACAGACGGACUGGAGGUUAAGGUGUCUCUUGGUAAGGUCUGGAAGCAGAGUCUCACAGAGCUUAGUGGUGGACAACGAUCACUUAUUGCUUUGUCCCUGAUUAUGGCCCUCUUGCAAUUCAAGCCAGCUCCCAUGUACAUUCUGGACGAAGUCGAUGCCGCGCUCGAUCUCUCCCAUACCCAGAACAUUGGUCGCCUGAUCAAGACCCGCUUCAAGGGAUCUCAGUUUAUUGUCGUCUCUCUCAAGGAUGGCAUGUUCCAGAACGCCAACCGCAUCUUCCGCACUCGAUUCAGCGAGGGAACCAGUAUCGUCCAGGCCUUGACCCCUGCCGACAUGAAAUGA